AGUAUUUAACGAUAGAUAACGUAACAAAUAAGUGCACUCAAAAGUUUAUUAAAAUAACUUCAAGAUAUUUAUUUUUUUCUUCGUUCGAGACAAAAUUUCCAUCAUUUCGAAUAUCGAUCUCAUUCAUAAAUGGCACGAAAAGCUUCAGAAUAAAAAAUAUUUAAUUGCUGAGCGAUUAAAGCGAUAUCAAUUUAAACUUAAGUCGAUUAACAUGUUACAAAUGUCGUCAUCAAAUGAUUAUGAUAGGCAGAAGAACAACAAUAAUAAUAGCGGAAGAAGCAGUAGAAAUAAGAAAAAGGGUGCUCCAUUCAUGUUUUUCUCGAAUAUAUUAAAGAAGAAAAAGUCACUAGGAUUUGAAGAGAUUAGGGAGAUGAAUACGAGAACAAGGAGUGAACCAUCGGUGGUCAGUUAUAGCUGUUCAUUACCCGUUGGUCAACCGUCAAUUUCAACGUUAAGUUUAACUCCAGGCAGGAUACUGGGUCGUGAAAUUGACCAAGACAUGCAGCAAUUGAGACUUUCUAGAUCUGACAAUCCAUAUCUUCAGAAGAAGUUGGCAUCACGCGACGAAAUGAACAUGAUUGAUAUGGAAGAAAAUUUAGUCGAUGACGACGCAAUCUUAAUUCAAGAUUUAAAUUCUCAAAUCGAUAGUACAGACACAGAUCCUUUCCUAUUGCCUGAUGUUCAAGAACACAUGAUCCGAUCUCCACCCCCAAUUUCUUGGCGUCCACAUGGCAGCGUCUUUAAUUUCUCGCAAGAUAACAACAACACGAUAACGUCACAGAGUAGCGAAGAUAGCACACAUAGCGCUAUUUUCUAUUCGGAAAACUUUACUAAACAUCAUUCACAUAACUCCUUUGACAAUUACAAAUUAGCUUAGAAACAAAGAAAGAGAGAAACAAUUUAGAAGUUUUUCUUUUCUUUUAAAUGAUAAAAAGAAAAACAAAAAAAAGAAGAGAGAUUGAUAACAUAACAGAAGUUUAAUUGUUUGUUGAAAAUAUUUCCAAUUUUAAAUAAUUUAAUUUCUUUUUUAUUUACUUUGUUCUCGAAAUAUUUAAGCGUAUGAAAUGAUGAUAGAAAUUUUAAUGAAAUUUGAAACAAAUAAAUCUUGUUCUCCUGAAACUAGAAUACAACAAAGCAA